AUGGAGGCAGAAGGCAGCAGAGGCGUGUCCGCGCUGCCCGGCACCAGCGACGGCGCCGGCGGCAGCGGCAGCGACGGCACCGUGAGCAGCGGGAAUGUCAAAGCCCCCAAGCAUCUGUGGCGGCACGAGCAGCACUACCCGCCGCAGCUGCGGCAGCACCAGUUCCUCCAGCACCAGCAGCCCCCCGGCCCGCAGCCUCCCGCCUCGCGGGGCCGCUGCCUGGCCGGGGCUCGCGUCAGGCAUCGCGGCUACUCCGACACGGAGCGAUACCUCUACAGCCGAGCUAUGGACCGCGCCUCCUACGCCGUAGAGACCGGCCACCGGCCCGGCUUGAAGAAAUCGCGGAUGUCCUGGCCCUCCUCUUUCCAGGGACUCAGACGUUUUGAUGUAGACAAUGGUACAUCAUCAGGACGAAGUCCCUUGGAUCCUAUGACGAGCCCUGGAUCAGGCCUAAUUCUUCAGGCAAAUUUUGUCCACAGUCAACGUAGGGAGUCUUUUCUUUACCGGUCAGACAGUGACUAUGACUUAUCUCCAAAGUCCAUGUCCAGGAACUCCUCCAUUGCCAGUGAUAUACAUGGAGAUGACUUGAUUGUGACACCAUUUGCUCAGGUGCUGGCCAGCCUGCGUACUGUACGGAAUAACUUUGCUGCACUAACAAAUUUACAAGAUCGGGCACCCAGCAAACGAUCACCAAUGUGUAACCAACCAUCUAUCAACAAAGCAACUAUAACAGAGGAGGCCUACCAAAAACUGGCCAGCGAGACCCUGGAGGAGCUGGACUGGUGCCUGGACCAGCUGGAGACCCUGCAGACAAGGCACUCCGUCAGCGAAAUGGCCUCGAACAAGUUUAAAAGAAUGCUCAACCGGGAGCUAACCCACCUAUCUGAAAUGAGCAGGUCAGGCAAUCAGGUCUCAGAGUAUAUAUCAAACACAUUCUUAGACAAGCAGCAUGAAGUUGAAAUCCCUUCUCCAACACAGAAAGAGAAAGAGAAAAAGAAGAGGCCAAUGUCCCAGAUCAGUGGAGUCAAAAAACUGAUGCACAGCUCCAGCCUAACUAAUUCCAGUAUUCCCAGAUUUGGAGUUAAAACAGACCAAGAAGAUAUUCUUGCCAAGGAACUAGAAGACGUGAACAAAUGGGGCCUUCAGGUUUUCAAAGUAGCAGAGUUAUCUGGAAACAGACCUUUGACAGUCAUUAUGUACACCAUUUUUCAGGAACGGGACUUGUUAAAAACAUUUAAGAUUCCAGUAGACACUUUAAUAACUUACUUGAUGACCCUGGAAGACCAUUACCAUGCAGAUGUGGCGUAUCACAAUAACAUACAUGCUGCGGAUGUUGUUCAGUCAACCCACGUGCUACUAUCAACCCCAGCAUUAGAGGCAGUGUUCACUGAUUUGGAGAUUCUUGCAGCAAUUUUUGCCAGUGCAAUACACGAUGUAGAUCAUCCUGGAGUCUCAAACCAGUUUCUUAUCAACACAAAUUCUGAACUCGCCUUGAUGUACAAUGACUCAUCGGUACUGGAGAAUCAUCACUUAGCUGUGGGCUUCAAGCUGCUGCAGGAAGAAAAUUGUGAUAUUUUCCAGAAUUUGACGAAAAAACAAAGGCAAUCAUUAAGGAAAAUGGUCAUUGACAUUGUACUUGCAACAGACAUGUCUAAGCAUAUGAAUCUAUUGGCUGAUUUAAAAACUAUGGUUGAAACAAAAAAAGUGACCAGUUCUGGUGUCCUACUUCUUGAUAACUAUUCAGACAGGAUUCAGGUUCUUCAGAAUAUGGUGCACUGUGCAGAUCUAAGCAACCCAACCAAGCCACUCCAUCUCUACCGCCAAUGGACAGACAGAAUAAUGGAGGAAUUUUUUCAUCAGGGAGAUCGGGAAAGAGAGAGGGGAAUGGAGAUAAGUCCCAUGUGUGAUAAGCACAAUGCAUCUGUAGAAAAAUCACAGGUGGGUUUUAUAGACUACAUUGUUCAUCCUCUGUGGGAGACAUGGGCAGAUCUUGUUCACCCUGAUGCCCAGGAUAUCUUAGAUACACUGGAGGACAAUCGAGAAUGGUACCAGAGCACAAUCCCUCAAAGUCCCUCUCCUGCUCCUGAUGGCCAGGAAGAGAGUAGGCAGGGACAAACUGAAAAAUUCCAGUUUGAACUAACACUGGAGGAAGAUGGUGAGUCAGACACCGAAAAGGACAGCGGAAGUCAAGUAGAAGAAGAUACCAGCUGCAGUGAUUCCAAGACUCUUUGCACCCAGGAUUCAGAAUCCACUGAAAUUCCUCUUGAUGAGCAAGUAGGAGAAGAAGCAGAAGAGGUGGAGAAUCAGACAGAACCUUGUGUGGUAGAAGACCAUUCUCCUGAAACAUAA